CCCCUCCCCCGGCGGCGGUCUCGGCGGGCAGACCUCGCGGCUGAUCGGGCCGGCGCGGGCCUGGGCACAGAAAGGUCCUCCUUGGGCUACUGGAAGCAGGGCCAACCUGCUGGCCAGUGGGUCCCUGAGUUAGCUCGUGUAAUCCUCCAGCCGCACACCAGGCAAAAUGUUUGGAAGAGGACUAAAGAGAAAGUGUUUUGACAACGAGGAGGAGGCGGAUGGGCCCCCGGCCGGCGUCCGGGCUGUCGCCCCUUAUGACCUGCAGCGGCAGUCGCUCCUGGACAUGUCCCUGGUGAAGCUGCAGCUGUGCCACAUGCUGGUGGAGCCGAACCUCUGCCGCUCAGUCCUCAUCGCCAACACGGUGCGGCAGAUUCAGGAGGAGAUGACCCAGGACGGGGCUUGGCGCAUGGUGGCCCCACAGGGCGCGGGGCUGGCGCCGCUCGACCGCCUCGUCUCCACAGACAUCCUGUGCCGAUCAGCACAGGAGCAGGAGCAUGGGAAGCCUGGUCCUGAGGACAGCACCUUCCCCAAAGGCUUCAAAGAGGACCAGGCUCCAGACCUGACCUGUGAUGCCCCCGCGGUCACGGCAGCACAGGCACCGGAACACCCUCCCAGCAGCGUCUGGGACCUGGACAGCUCCCGAGAAAACAGAGGAAGCUUCCAGAAGUCACUGGAUCAGAUAUUUGAGACCCUGGAAAGUAAAAACCCCAGCUCCGUGGAGGACCUCUUUUCGGAUGUCGACAGCUCCUACUAUGACCUUGACACAGUGCUGACGGGCAUGAUGGGCAGCUCCAGGGCUGGCCCCUGUGACACGCUUGAGGGCUUCACGCCCCUGGCCCCUGCGCCCCCUGGCCCUGGCUGCAAGGCUGACCUGGGCGAGCUCGACCACAUCGUGGAGAUCCUGGUGGAGACCUGAGACAGGACCCGACCGAGUGUGUGAGCCCACCUCCAGAUUGCCCCACAGGUGUGUUUGCACCCCAGAAGCAACACCUGGAGCGCUCGGCUCUGUGAGGGGUCUUCCCAACACCCUGCAGCCGCUCGGUUAGGUUAGGAGAAUGUUCUGGGACAGCUUGUCGUUGGCAGGCUGCAGGCCUCCACCCUGGUCUGGUCCCUUUUCACCCGUAGCAGGGCAGAGGCUGAGCGCAGUGGGCACCAGGCGUCAUCCUCAAGCCUGCUUUAUUUCUGGGCCAUUUGUGGAAUCCCUACUGCCUGGACCCCGCCCCUUCUCUAUCCCAGCUGCAGCCCCUGCAGAGGACAGGAGCCGCUGGCCGCACCCAACCUCAUUAGUUAGAUAGGUGGAUUUUUUAAAAUUAAGUUUUAUAUGUUUUGGGCAAUAUUUUGUCUUAAGAUAUAUUUUUAAACUUUUUAUACUUGUUAUCUGUUUAGAUUUUUCAGCUAUUUUCUUAAAAGUAUAUUUUUCUAUAAUUGUCCUGCUGCUGUAUUAGAAACCCCACAGCCUCAGCAAUGGCAGUUGGCGUACUUCAUUUUUUUAAGGUUUAAAGGUUUUUUACGAGCUCCACACCUCCACUCAGCCAACCAUGUAACAAUAUCACGAUUUUUCUUUGAUGUAUGUGUGCAUCUCCCAUCAUGCCUGUCACAAUCGGUAUUGACUGUGUGUGCUUCCCCAUCAUGCGUGUCACAGUUGUUAUUGACCCAUGUGUGCUUCCCCAUCAUGUGUGUCACAGUCGGUAUUGACUGUGCUUCCCCAUCAUGUGUGUCAGUUGGUAUUGACCAUGUGUGCUUCCCCAUCAUGCGUGUUAGUGUUGACCGUGCUUGCUUCCCCAUCACAUGUGUCACAGCUGGUGUCAACUGUGUGUGCUUCCCCAUCAUGCGUGUCACAGUUGGUAGUGACCUGUGUGUGCUUCCCCAUUAUGCCUGUCACAGUUGGUAUUGACUGUGCUUCCCCAUCAUGUGUGUCACAGUCGGUAUUGACCGUGUGUGCUUCCCCAUCACGUGUGUCACAGCUGGUGUCAACUGCCCUUCCCCAUCAUGCAUGUCACAGUGUCCACCCUGUGUGCUUCCCCGUCACGCGUGUCACAGUCGGAGUCGACCAUGUGUGCGUCCCCAUCACGUGUCACAGUCGGAGUCAAUCGUGUGUGUCUCCAUCACGUGUGUCACAGUCGGAGUCAACCAUGUGUGCUUCCCCAUCACGCAUGUCAGAGUCGACCGUGUGUGUGUCCCCAUCACGUGUGUCACAGUCAGUCUCGACCAUGUGUGCAUCUCCAUCAUACGUGUCACAGUCGGAGUCGACCAUGUGUGCAUCUCCAUCAUACGUGUCACAGUCGGAGUCGACCAUGUGUGCUUCUCCAUCACGCAUGUCACAGGCAGAGUUGACACCUGUGUUCUCCUGAGUGUCCUUGGGAAGCUAUGAAACUUCCUGUAGAUUGUGGAGGGUCUUAUUUGUGCCUAUUUAUAUGUAAUGCCACUGAGAGGACUGUCUGUCAUUGAAGGCAAAAGUGGAAUGUUUGUUUACUUGGGAAUCCUGGCCGCUGGCUGCUGGCUGCUCUUCGAGAUCUCAUUCCUGGAGGGCCCCGUCCUGCCCACGGCUGACCCUGUGCUGAGGGUGCCCCCACCCACCGUCCUGCUCCAUGUGGGGACUGUGCACUCGUAGAGUGUCCUCAGCCGGCCUGGCCACGGAGGACUCAUGCUUGCUGAGUUGACAAGUGCCCAUGCCCCAGGGAGUGAAAAUGCCCAGGUUUACUGCAUCAGACUGGUGCUGGGACCAAACUUAAUAACUAAAGUUAAGCCUGGAAUUGAAGAGGCUCAGAUCCAUGUGUGUGUGGGCCUCUAGUCUAGAGGGCAAAUGGGUGGUGGGGGUGGAUGGACUCACCCUGGACGUGAGCUGGGGUGCACCUUCUGAGUCCCCCUGCCGGUUGACAAGGACUACUCCCCGGUCCACAUAUGGACAUUUCCUGUUUCUCACACGCAUUCUGCCCUGCCCACCCCUUAGCCGAAAAAGCUGUUUUCCUUUGUGCAUAUGGCCGUUCUUUAAUAUCGGUGAUGUAAACGCUUAACGUUAAUUAAAAGUAUUUGACAAACAAAAGAA